AUGGCUACGAUAGACGAAUCAACCGUUUCUCCACGCCAAUUCCAUCAUCGUCGAUUUCCUCAUUUACAACCACUUUCUCCUCGUGUACCAUCAUCAAUUGAGCCAAAUCGUCAAUCAAUUGAAAAUACAUUUAUUAAUGAUAAAGAUUUUUUAUCUUAUCGUGAACUACAAAUUCCAUCUGAAUUAGAACAUGAUAAUGGUUCCAUAAGUCGUUUAUUAAAUAGUGAUCAAUAUCGACGAGCACAAACACGUUUAAUUGAAUAUCGACAACAUAGUAAAAUUCCUGGUGUUGCAUUAUCAACACCAACAAAAAAUUCAAAUGAUAUAUCUUCAACACAAAUCAAUGGACGAAAUGAAUUAAAAAUACCAUUAAAAGAAGUUUUAAUUGAAACAAAAAAAACAAAACCAUAUCAACAACAAGAUGAUUUAGAAUUAGUUGAUGAUGAUUCUAUAUUUAGUAAUGAAUGUGAUCGUCGUCGACGUGCUAAACAUUGGAUAAAAGAACAUCAAUUUUUUUUUACUGAAUAUCAAUAA